AUGGCCGGCCUCAUUCCUUUGGCAUGUGUUGCUUGCGUGCUGCUGUUGGUCUACUGGGUCUCAGGCGCAGCAUACAACCUUUUCCUGCAUCCCCUGCGCAGGUAUCCCGGGCCACGCCACUGGGCAGCCACGCGGCUAUUCCUGACGGCUAGCACUCUCCGAGGCCGCGCCGUUCACGAAAUCAACGCCAUGCACCGCCGAUACGGCCACGUGGUGCGCAUUGCGCCCGACCAGCUCAGCUAUACCGACGAGCGGGCCUGGCGAGACAUCUGUGGCGUAACACGUGCCGCGCCGCUCGGCAUGAGGAAGGACGACCGGCUCAACGACCUGGUGGGGGGGCACGCCACAAACCCGGACCCCUCCAAGCACAAGGCCGACAUGCAGCACACCCGCAUGCGCCGGGCACUAGCUCCGGCGUUCACGAUGGCCUCCCUGCGGCAGCAGGUGCCGCUGGUAAUGCGUCACGUCGACGAGCUGGUUGCCCUGCUCAUGACCGCCGCGAGGGAGGGCCGACCAGUCGAUAUGGGCCGUCUUUAUACCUUCACGCUUUACGACAUCUUUUCUGAUCUGUUCCUUGGGGAGUCGUUUCACCUGCUCAGCGACGCAGCCUUGCACCAGUGGGCUUCCUCCAUGGUUGGCUUCGCGAAAGCAACAACUGCCCUGGCAGCUCUGUCUCACUUCCCUCUCGCACGAUUGGUGAUUCGCCUCCUGCUCAAAUUCGCGGGCGCCAAAUCGCGAGACGCUUUCAUGAACCCGUGCUUCGAUCGCUUUGAGCGGCGCGCCGCGCAAGGCUCUAAGGGAGGCACCACCGGUGGGCGAUGCGAUGUCGUGCAUUUUGUCCUGGAGUCGAGGAACUCGAAACAGCAAGUCACAGAGAAGGAGCUGCGCGACUUCUCCCCCUUCUUGAUGAUCGGGGGCGGCGAGACCAUGGCGAGUCUGAUGCCGUGCCUGACCUAUCUCUUGCUGAAGCACCCGGACGUGUAUCAGCGCCUCACGAGCGAAAUCCGCGGGGCGGAUUUUGCCUCGGACGCAACCGCAGACCUGACAGUGGAGGGGAUCCUCCGUCUCCCUUACUUGGGAGCGUGCAUCGACGAGGCCUUGCGCAUGUAUCCUCCCGUCCCCCACGGCAACGAGCGUGUGGUGCCCGCCGGAGGCGCAUCCGUUUGCGGAGAUCGCCUCCCCGAGGGGACCAUCGUCGUGGUGUCCCAGCUGUCCACCUACCGCCAGAAGCGCAACUGGUUCCGCCCGGACAGUUUCCUCCCGGAGAUGUGGCUGCCCGGGGCCGCGACCGAAUUCGCGCAGGAUUGCCAUGCCUCCUUCAAGCCCUUCCUCGUUGGGCCGCAGGGCUGUGUUGGCCAGGAACUGGCCAACCUCACAAUGCGUCUCAUUCUUUCGAAGCUUCUCCUCAAUUUUGACUUGGAGUUGGAGCCCGAGUCGGACAUGGCAUGGCAGGCUGAUUUGCCUGUCUACAACGUUUGGAUCAAACCGCCUUUGAGGGUGCAGCUCACGAGAUGCAGGGGAUGAUCCGUCAUAGGACCUAGAGUACCUGUACGCUAUUAGUCAUUACCAGCAGAAGUAUUCAAUGCUAUUUUGUCUUGUCUCGAACAAUGAAAGGAUGGGAGUGCAUAAAUAUGAG